AUUCUCCCUCCACCGUCACUCGUCGGCUGAACUUUGAGCUCGCACUGAGUUCAGCUUCAGUUGUUGUCGGGAAGCCGACUCGUUGAUAGGGGAGUGUGCUUUCUCGUCGAGUGUUUGUUUAGUGUUAGUGCGGUAGGAAAAACCUCGGUUUAUUUCUUUAUCCAUGAGUUAAGCGAUGGAGGACGAACUGAGAUGCCCGGUGUGCAAGGAGUUGUUUUCGAACCCGGUUCUGAUGCCGUGCUAUCACGCUUUGUGUCUCAACUGUGCCCUUCUUUUGCAAGUGCCGGCGGCCAACGGUCAAGAACAGAUUGCGGAAGAAGUGGAUAAGCUGUCGAUUCUGAGCGAGACGGACAGCGGCGUUGUCUGUACGAGCAGGCCGAACAGUUACGUCGGGACACCCAACAUCCAAGGCAUCCUCUUUCCUCCGUUGACGAGCAGUGCCCUCGCUUUGGCAUGUCCCGUAUGCUCAAAGACGGUCUACUUCGACGAGAACGGUGCACAGAACCUGCCUAAGUACCGGGCUAUGCAGAACAUCGUCGAUAAAUACAGUGAGGCCAAAGAACUCGUUCCGAAAUGUGAACUGUGCACCAAAGAGCCGGCCAAGCCCGCGACGGUCUUGUGCGAACAGUGCGAAGUUCACUAUUGCGAUGAGUGCAGGGAAAACUGCCAUCCUGCACGUGGUGCCCUGGCCAAACACACUUUGACCUCUCCCGGUCGAUCCGCCCUUAGGAUCAGGGAAGCGGCUAAGGAGGUUUUCUGCCAGGAUCACCAGGAAGAACCGCUUUCCUACUACUGCAUGCUCUGUAAAGUAGCAGUCUGCGCCCACUGCCGAGACACGAGACACGCCAGCCACGACGUUCAAGCCAUCAACACCAUGUGCAAGGCUCAAAAGACUGAAUUAUCUCAGAAUCUUCAGCAACUCUCCGAGAAGGCGAGGUCCACGACGGAAUUCAUACAAAGGCUGAAAGGGAUGACGGAUAAAAUCGGGGAACACUGCAACGAGUUCGAAGAGAUAGUUAUCCAAGAAUGCGACGAGCUCAUAUCCGCCCUGGAAGCCCGCAAACUCCAACUUGUCGAAUACGUCCGCCAGGAAAAAGACGGGAAGGUGCGAGCCCUGAAGGAUCAAGUGGCAGCAUGCACUGGCAAACUUCAGCAUACAACUGCUCUCAUGCAUUUCUGCAUCGAGGCACUCAAAGAGAACGAUUCGUCGGCUUUCCUCCAGAUCGGGACAAUGCUGAUCAGCAGGGUGGCGAACGAAGACAUGGUCUGGUAUCAAGAUCCGAACCUGGCUUGUCCAAGAGUCUCGCCUUAUUGCGAUUUAACGUUAGACCAGAAGCCGCUCGCAAAGGCCAUUGAACAACUCAAUUUCAUACAAAUGAGACCUGCAAAAGAUGGAGAGGAAAGAAUUCCAGCAGCUCCAAAUGCUCCAGUUGUAAUUCCCGAAGAAUGCAGUGCAGAAAACAACAGUGUAACUGUAGCCUGGCAGCCUCCGCCGACUUCAUACGUAGAAGGUUACGUACUUGAAUUGGACGAUGGGAAUGGUGGAGAAUUCCGAGAGGUUUAUUGUGGCAAGGAAACUAUUUGUACUGUAGAUGGGCUACAUUUUAAUUCUACCUAUAAUGCCAGGGUAAAGGCAUUCAAUAGUACGGGAGAAGGUGAAUAUAGUGAACUUAUUGGUCUACAAACUGCAGAAGUUGCCUGGUUUACAUUUGAUCCCGGAUUAAGUGGGAUGGAAUUGAGAUUCUCUGAGGAUAAUUGCAGUGUAUCAGCCUGCGAGGGUUACGAGCACAGAGUGGCACUCGGGAGCGUCGGUUUCUCUCGAGGGGUUCACUACUGGGAGUUCACAAUUGACAGAUACAACACAGAUACUGAUCCGAGUUUCGGAAUUGCAAGGAUAGACGUGAGCAAGGAUCAAAUGCUAGGCAAAGAUGAAAAAGGUUGGGGCAUGUACAUAGACAGGCAGAGGUCUUGGUUUGUCCAUGCGAACAUGCAUGGGCAACGAUGUGAAGGAGGUAUUCAGCAAGGGUCGACAGUGGGCGUCCUUCUCGAUCUCAAUAGGCACCAAGUCAGUUUUUAUGUCAAUGAAGAACCUCACGGACCCAUUGCAUUUCACAACCUUUACGGAGUGUUUUACCCUGCUGUAAGUGUAAAUCGUGGAGUUACCGUGACGCUUCACACUGCUCUCGAUCUUCCUUCAGACAUUGAGGAUUCCUAAGAAGGGCGUACGGCAAUUUUCUUUAUAAUAACAAAGGACUAUUGUGAUAUAACUGAUGUUUUGAAGUCUAUUCACCAAUCCUUUAAUGUGUUGUCAUUAAUUGAUAGUCUCAAUGUGCAUCAGAACCGAAAUUUUCCAUUAUGAUGUUUUCGUGGUUCUGUCUUUUGAAAUUUUAUUUGCACUUAUUAUUAAAACAAUUGUCCAUACUUUUUCUAAAUGUUUAGUGUUUUAACUUAAAUAAAAUUUAAAAUCUGUUGUUCAGCGUAUCUUAAGAUGAUAUAGGUGUCUUUAAUUAAAGAAAGAUAUAUUAAUUGAUUAGAAAUUAAAUAUUUACAAAUUGUAAUUAUUAAUGUUUGUUUUGUCUUAAAACUAUUUUUCUCAAUAUUGGUGUUAUUUCUAAAUGUUAUAUCACAAUGACUUUAUAAAAUGAUUCUAAUAUUUAUGAACAUUAAUAUUUUAAAUAUGUAAUGAACUAUUUUGCAUAUCAUUAACAUCAAAUUGUUUAAAAAAGAGAAAAAAUUUUACACUGUGCUCAGAAAAAUGUACUAUUAACAUUUGUAACAAACAUAUUGUAAUUAUUAUUACUCUGAAGAUAUUAGUUGUACUUUAUCAUGCCACUGUCAGAAAACUAUUUGGGAUAAUUUUAAUUUUAUAAGUAUUUACUAAGUACUUUUUAUAAGUAAGUCUAGGCUAAGGAAGUAAGAUAAUUUGAUCUCAAUCAAGAGUGUAUUAAUUUUCAGUUUUUGAUACAUCUGAUAUAUGA